GUUGUUCAAGACUCUGACAAUCCAAGCUAAUACAGUAUCGAAAUGGAUGCACUAAAAGCCGAGAUCGCAGCAAAACGAAAACUAAUUCAAGAUGAUGGAACCAAUUCACGUCAAGCAAAGUAUAUGCGAAGAGGAGAUAUCGAGAAGUUGAAGGAGGACCAGGAAUCACGAGUCCAAGCAAAGGAGCGAGCAGCACAGGAAGAAGCACAGAAGAGACUUGACGCAACAACGAAAGCUCAAAGUAUAAGUCGUCCUACUUCGGGGUCGCCAACACCCAUCAUUUCCUCUGCUGAAUCCGAUUCUCCCAAACCCGAGUCUUCUUUCAAUAUUUCAAAUGAGGAAACAAUACGUCGGCUUCGAGCUAAGGGCCAACCCAUUCGUUUAUUCGGUGAAUCUGACAAGGAGCGCAGACUACGUCUUCGUGCACUUGAGCUCAUUGAAGAAAAAGGUCAUGAGCGCUCAAGCGGCCAAAAUGAUUUUAAGAAGGCUCUUGAGGACGUCGAGAAUGUCGAGCGAGAAAUGAAAGGGAGGGGAAAAGGGAAAAAGAAGGGCGACGCAGACAUGACUACCACUGGCGUAUUAGAUCUAGGUCUCAUCAAGACUGACCCAGACAAGCUCUAUCCCAUUAUCUACUAUUCCCUCAAGCGUACGUUAAAAGAAUGGGAAGAAGCUAUGGAUGAUCGACCAGAUCAUAUUAAACGCUCCACGCAAGGGAAAUUGGCCGCAGCCACCCAGGUUCAGUCCGCAGAAUACCUGAAGCCCCUUUUCAAGACGCUUCGUUCGAGAUCGUUACCAUCUGAUAUGUUGCUGCGUAUUGCUGAGAUCGUGCAUCAUAUGCAGAAACGCCAGUAUCAGAGAGCCAAUGACUCUUACCUCCGACUAUCUAUUGGAAACGCUCCUUGGCCUAUAGGAGUCACUAUGGUGGGUAUUCAUGAGCGUUCCGCCCGCGAGAAGAUAUCUUCAGAUCAGGUGGCCCAUGUUCUAAACGACGAAGUCAGUCGAAAAUACAUUCAGAGCUUGAAGCGUCUACUGACGUUUUCCCAAACGAAGUACCCGCCAGAAGACGUCUCACAAUUAAUGGGUUAGCCGACUCACCUAGCAUGCUAGUAUCAUAUAGUAUCCAGUUUUUAUUGGAAAAGGUCCGAGAAGCCCGUACCAUCGUCUACAUUUUGUUUUUCUUGCCCUUUUUUCGUCCUUCAUCAAUUGCCAGUGCAUGUCCAGUGUCUCUAAUAUGCGAAAAUAGCUUUGUUUUGCUCCCGAAUAAUUCCUUGCAGACGUUGCAGCGCU